AUGGUUCUUAUAUCCGGCGGGGCUUUUACGACACCUAUUACCAUGUCCGAAGCUGCACCAACACAAUUGAGUCCCGAUGGGCCAGAAAUCAAGUCUAGUCUGCUAUCAGUCUCAUCUGAAGUAGCUGGAGUAGUACCUCUUGCAACUGACUGGGCAAACGCACCCGACUCCACCAAGGCUUCCUCAGCUGUUCAAUCCAUCAUGACCCUAAUCCCAGAACAUUGCCAGCAAUAUCGGCAGUAUCCCAUCUACCGCGACGGCGACGGCAACAAAGACAAGUUUAGAUACGAGCUCAAGUACAACGUCAAGUACAAAUCUACGUACUGGUCCAAUUACAGCUUCAAUUACGAUACAACAGCCAGCACCAUGGAGCCAUUCACAGUCGUCACGCUUCCCGCUGGAGCGACGUUGGUCCCCCUGCCGGAAUACACUGCUCCUACUCCCAUAUAUAUCACAACCACAUCACCCGGAAGAACCGAGCAGACUAUCGUCCCAGUCAUCAUUCCUGUCUCAGGGCCCCCGGAGAUCUGCUUCGGCUGCUACACAACUUUUCCCCCCAACAUCCAAAUUGAUGUAUCAGGUAGCUUCUGUAUUCAACUAUUCGGCACAAAGAUUGGGAAUUGCCCCAAGGACGGCGAGGGUUCGGGAUCCAAUCCCUCCGAGCCUAGUGACCCAUCCAGUCCCGACCCCGAGCCGACCGAGCCCAAAACCGAAAAGGAGUCCUGCACAGAAACGCUCACAGCAACAUAUGAGAGCAUUUUCUGUACGGUUGUUGGAACUGCGCAGCAGGUCCCUACAGCAUGUUCAACUCAGGCAUACAGUGUGGUGACUGGUUGCACCAUCACCGCCUCUACGACGAGCACCACUACGACAGUGACAGCAGAGCCGAGCCACUUGUACUGCAGUCCAGGGUCUUGCGGUACAGGAGAAUGCCACACCAAGAGAUCCAUGAAUGUUCAUGAUUCUCAAGCAAGCGUAGCCAAGCGUGGCGAUCCUGACGAGGGAGACUGGGUUGAUAGAAGCGACUACUCAGACCAAACGCUAUUCGUCGCUGGGGAAGUCUAUGAAGCAUACACAAAUUUUGUUCAAACUGACAACAAUAUCGUCCCUAUACCCAAAAAUACAGACAUUGAGCCCGGCAUGACCACAUCCCAAGUAGUACAAUUCAACGACAAGGUUGUCUCGUUGUCCGUGCAAGGCUUAUACGGCUGCACUUCUGUGGUAGUAGUGUCACAGCGAGGCGCCUGGGCUAGUCACAUAUGGGAGGCGCCAACAUUCACUGGAAGUAUAGAUAAUUUCAGGGCAAGGGGGCUGGAUUACAUCACCAGGGGCUUGCAUGACGACAACCCUCAAUUUUCGCAGCACAAAUACGGCCUCAAAAAUCUACGCGGCAACGGUGAUCUUCCGGGAAAUCUUGGAAAGAUAUUCGGCGUCGACAAUGACGAUAUACCUGGAACACGUGCCUAUAUCCUGGCUCCACGGCCACGUGUUUGGGCUCAGACGAUAAGGGAUGAACAAGGCAAGAUCGUCGAUUUGGUGAACAUAAUGGGCAAACAUAUAAGCGACCAGGAAAUUCAGGAUCCUAACGCGAUGGCCGGAACCACCCAGUUCCCGGGACAUAAUGACCAGAUUACUCAGACAGUAAAAGCCAUUUUAGGGGAGAGUGUUCCCGUUGAGGUCAUUGAAUACUCACCGAAUGUAUUGGGCCUGGAAGACCUCAAGAAGAAUCUCCCGCCAGAGAAGAGAGCUCAUAUAUUAGGAGAUUACGACAACGCGAAAUCGCGAGGCAAAUUAUACUUGCAGUACAGGCCGGCAAGGUGCGACCGGCGUCAAGCAUCUUGGCGCCUUUGGAUAGAGGACCGAAUGGACUUGGCUGGCAGGACAGACAGCUGGGAUGCAGAAGGUGGCCAGAUGUUCGUCUCGUCGCCAAAGGGGAAAAGGGACGGGGGCAGCGCUUGUACGCUCCCUACCGGCCCAUCGACAAGUGCGUCCGUCACGACUACGGUCGACGGCCACACUGUGGUGGUGGGACCAUCUGGUACCUCUACAGUGAACGCGCCUAUUGGGUCUAAAACUCCGGGAUCCUGCACAUCUGAUACCGUCGACAAAGACUGCGGCGGGCCCAGUUUAAGCUGCACCGGCGGUUUGGUAGCCAGAUGCGAGCAGGGUAGAUGUGUGUGCAGAUUGCCCGAGUUUGCUCCUGGGUCCAAGUGCACUACGACGGAUGACUGUCGGCCAAUAUCCUUGUGUGACCCAGUGACACAGCUUGACGCAUGCGAGAACAGUCUAUGCGUUUGCAAGCCCGCUCCAACAUCGACCCGCGCUCCGGAGCCUUCAACAACAUCGACCCGCGCUCCGGAGCCUACAACAACAUCGACCCGCGCUCCGGAGCCUUCAUCAACAACAACGGCUGCUGCUUCGGCACCAACAAAAACCGAAGUCGCCCCAAGGCCGUCACCAACGGAGGCAGUGAUCAUCGGCUACCAAGCAACAUUAAUCGGAUCGGAGUUCGGCGUGGACAUGUUAAACCAAUGGGUCUUAUAUCCACAGAAUGUGAAGGAGUCUUCUGUAUCCCCAAAUUUGUGCGUGUUGAACGAUAUAGGGUCCCGACUAGAUGACUCGUACCCGUCUGGAGCCGAUGACAUACCCUGGCCAGGUAGUGUCAGUUCUGCUGGUGAUGUCUUCGGCCAUAAGGGUUGUCACUAUAUCGGUAGUGAUUCAGGUGCUGGUCGUUUUGCUUGCGAUGAUGUGAACGAGUUUGCAUGUGUCGUUGACAGUCGGAAUGGGCAAGCAGACGUGUGCGAGCUUGGAACGGCUACAAAAUGCUACCCAAAGAUCCAAUGCCUCUUCCCUGCCUAA